CUCACAUCAAAAUGGCCGCAUUUUAGUCUACAGAACACUUUUCUUUACUGUUUGCCAAUAGCCGUGCCGUGGGUGCCUGGCGGUGUUUCCCUUAACGUCGUGGCCGAUCUGUUUUGCCGAAAUUUCGCCGUAUCGUGGCUAGGGCGCAGCAAAUUUCCGUGAAAUAGAACGAACGUUAACCAGGAUUUUUCUGUGUAAUUUCAUAAGAUGUUACGCCACCAACAUCACGCAAUGCAGAAUCAGCUACGGGAUCAUAAUAGAAUGGCAGGACCGAUGCGGCCUAUGCAGCAGGCUAACAUGACCCAGUUACAUCAGCCGCAGCAUCUGCUGCCGCAUCGGAAUCCUCAUCAACCGAUACUGUCCAUGCCCCCCCAUCAACAGCAUAUGCAUCACAUGCAGCACCCUGGCCCGCCGCAUGGAAAUCCGAGGCAGCCGAUGUUGAUGGGCAUGAAUGCGCACAAUACAAAUAAUACCAUGGUUAGCGUUAGCAUGAAGGACCAAACAAACACAGUUUCUGUGACUCUUCAGAAUGUGCAACAACCUCAGUAUCAACAUCAACAGUCGCAACAACAGCAGCAAUCGAAUAACCAACAGAAUCAGUCUGUUCAACAGCCACCAUCGCAGCAGCAAGUGCAACAAUCGCAGCAGCAACAGUCACAACACAUGCAGCAGCAAUCGAAUAUAGAACAAUCAAAGGCGAUAAUAAACGAUACCAAUGGAGAGUCCAGAGACGACAAUUCGUCCAAUCAAAAUCAUGCAAACGCAACUAAUCCAGCCUUGGCAAACAUGAAAGAAAAAACACCCAUGUGCUUGUUGAAUGAGUUAGCGAGAUUCAAUAGGAUUCAACAUCAGUAUAGGUUGACCAACGAGCAGGGACCGGCGCACAAGAAGAGAUUCACGGUGACAUUGAAACUCGGCGAGGAGGAAUACGUCGCGGAAGGUCCCAGCAUAAAGAAGGCUCAACACAGCGCGGCAACCGAAGCCUUAACGAAGACGUGGUAUCGUCAACCUCCGCCUAAACCUACCAAGGCCAUGAGAAUCGGCCAUCUGGGCAAAUGCCCGACAGGUUCUGGACAUUUACCACCCACUGUUGAACUGAACGCUUUAGCGAUGAAACGGGGUGAACCAACCGUUUAUACGUUUCGACAAGCUCCACCAGCUACAAUGCAACAUCAGUUUAUGCCGCACAAUUUUAACAACUUUCAGCGAAUGUACAAUCCUAGAAUUGCGUAUAAUCGCGGAGUUCACACGGACAUUCAAGGAUUGUAUCUUGUUACGCUGAAGGUUGGUGAACGCGAAUUCAUGGGCAGAGGUCUGACAGGUCAAGCGGCACGACAUGAUGCAGCCAGCAGAGCUUUGGAACAACUGCGACAAUUACCCUUACCGGAAGAAAUUGCAAGCGUCAACAAUAGUAAUGAGAAUGGUACGCUGAAUGGUAUCGACGAUCCAAAUGCUGAGUUGAAGAGUCCGGUAUCACUUGUUCACGAGACUGCACUGAAACGUGGGUUGUCGGUCAGCUUCGAAGUUGUAUCCGAGAGUGGUAAACCUCACAUAAGGACCUUUAUGACGAAAUGCACCGUUGGCGAAAAAGUCACUGUGGGAGAAGGAUCUUCAAAAAAAGUGUCAAAGAAACGCGCUGCUGAGAUGAUGUUAGAUGAAUUGAAACGUCUUCCUCCUUUACCGGCUACAAUACAGAAUCGAACGAUGCGAGUAAAACGUAAACCACCAGCAACAAAAAAGAAAUCUCGUAAUUUAAUCAAGGUUUAUCAGGAGCCCCGUUCGGAGAGCGAAGCCUCGGAGGAAGUUAAUCCGGUCUCCCGGCUAGUUCAAAUUCAGCAGGCGAAACGUGAAAGAGAACCGGUGUACAAUUUGAUAGAUGAGAAAGGCGCGCCAAGGCGCAGAGAGUUCGUCAUGGAGGUAACGAUGGGUCAAAACUCCGCGCAGGGAAUUGGACCUAACAAGAAAUUGGCUAAGAGAGCCGCAGCUGAGGCUCUCUUAACGCAAUUAGGAUACAGCAAACCGUCUCCGCAACCCGCGAAACCAUCUAUAAAGACAGGAGAGAGCGAGAACACGGAAUCGAAACCCAGAAAAGUGACAUUUCUUGAAGACGAACAAGUAAACGAUACUCCUCACUCGGUAGGAGGUACCAUAGGCCGUCAACUAGUACCUGGUCUUUUACUGGUGGAUGGAGGUCAAGAAUCUAAAUUAGGAAAUGGACCCAGUGUACAAAUAGUUGCUGAAGAAUUACGCGGACAACAACAAAAUGCGGCUGGUGUCUCAGCUAAGGAUCAAUUACAUUAUUUAUCUCAAUUAUUUAAUUUUACCGUAGAAUUCAGCGAUUUUCCGAAGGGAGUCUCCAUAAACAGGGAAUAUUUAUCACUUGUGUCAUUAAGUACUGAUCCACCACAAGUUUGUCACGGAAAUGGGGCGACAAUAGCCGCGAGCCGCAAUCAGGCAGCGCUAAGGGCACUUCGCACCCUCAGUAAAUUGGGACUCGACAAUGCCUCGAACGCAGCACAAGUGAAGAAAGACAAAGGUGCGUCUGGUGAUGGAAUACACAUUAGCAUUCAAGUUAAAAAUAACAUGGAUGGAGCUAUUGAUAAGUAACCAAAUAGCUUAAGACUUAUAUAUGAUGUUGAGUUAUAUUUCUGCUUCUUUAAGACAUUGCAGAAGAAAAUUAACUAUCAUAUCGGUUAUAAAAUUUUCCACAAAAUUGUUUGAUAUUCCUCAUUUAUUGCUUCCAUCAUCAUUCUUCAUUAAUUUUCAUAUACAGAAAAUAUGUUGCUGCUUCAUGUCGAUUUUUAUCUAUUCUUGUGAGUUUUUUUUUAUAUUGAAUCUAUAUUACUCUGUAUAAUAAUUUGUAAUUGUAAAAACGCAUUUAUCUAUUGAUGCAAGAAAUUGGUUAAAAAUUUAAAGCACAUUGCAUGAUUUAUAUUUUAUUUUUAUUUUAU